AUGAAUAGUUUGACAUUUCUUUCAUUAUUCAUUUAUAUAGCUGUUGUUGCAGCAGCUACUCUUCCUGAGUUACAUGUUAUCAAGAAGGUAUCAUUUAACUAUCCAUAUAGCUGUCAACGAGGUUCAUUAAGUUAUGAAGGUUGUGCUCUUUUCCUGACUGAUUAUGGUGUAUCAAGAAAUAUGCCCGACCUUUUGUAUAAUGGAGCUUGUGGUUCUGACAAUACUUUUGAUGUCAUGUUAGCUGGUGACGAUUUCGGUAUGUUAACUGAUUUAGGUGAUGUAUCAUUGGAAAAUGUUACAGCAUCAAAAGCUUUCAAUUAUGAAAAUACGGUUGGUAGAGACAACAAAUUCGCUGGUACUAUCAAGGUAGUUAAUGGACAUACUUAUGCUGCACUCUUAGCUAAACGUGACAUUCGAGCAUUGUUUGUUUUUCGUGUUGAAAAUUAUGAACGAAGUGGUCCAGCUAUAAUUACAUACGCUGUUAAACAAUAUGGCAUUGUUGGAUUCGUACAAGAAGCACCUGGUUUUUCCUGGGAUGCAUCAAAUUAUUGA